CUCAGCCGCGAUCUCACGCGCGUGGAGUCCCGGCUCACCGUUUUCAUUUCGCUCGAAAUUCGCAAGUCCCCAUUGCAAUAUUAAACAAUCUAGUCGAAUAGACUUCACGUGUGUAAUAUUUUGCAAUAUCUACGAUUCUGCGCAGAAGGUCGUACCGAAACGUUCAUAUUUUAAAGUAAAUUCGUGUAAAAUUAUACUUAAUAACUUGCUUGAUUUUUUCAUAGAAUAUACAAGUAUUCUAAAGUUAUGUACUGAGUUUGAAGUUGUGAAGAAGUAGAAACAACGCAGUGUAAGACGCCAGUGGAUUCUUGUAAAGGAUAGUUUUGUGAUGUGGUAAAGCUCUCGUUGGCUUUGGAACGAUGCUGUCAAUUGAUUCGUUAUGGUGUGGAUCUGUGGAGGAACUCUCAACGUUAAGAAGCUGUAAACCUGCAGAGAGAUCAGAGUACAGAUUCAGACGUAGAGCAUCGAAGAGUCUUAUACCGCAAGCUUUGCUUCACGCUCUCCCAGACACACAAGUGCGAUCUCACCGGCAAAGACGCUCUGGCACGUGGCCGAGAACAAGAUCUCUGAACGCUCCGUCUCCAAUACAACAGUUUGGACCAUGCGGCAGAAUAAUGAAGAACUCAGCAAUGGUUAUGCAAAUCCAGGACCCGGCGUCUCAACGUCUCACGUGGUACAAACCGCCGCUAACAGUCCUCGUCAUAAAGAAGGUCCACGAUGCUACUAUACUAGCCCCAUUCGUCCAGCUCGUUCAUUGGCUUGUUCAUGACAAGAGCAUGGUUGUGUUCGUCGAAGCGGCGGUGCUUGAUGACACGUUACUUAAAGAAUACGGUGACUUCACGUCAGUCAGAGAGCGGCUGAUGACAUUCCGGGCCGGCACUGAUGACCUCACAGACAAGAUAGACUUCAUAAUAUGUCUCGGUGGCGAUGGAACCUUGUUACACGCCAGCUCUUUGUUUCAGCAAUCAGUUCCUCCAGUGAUGGCAUUCCAUUUGGGUUCCUUGGGUUUCCUAACACCAUUCGAGUUCAAUAAUUUCCAGGAUCAAGUCAUGAAUGUUCUGGAAGGUCACGCAGCGUUGACCUUAAGAUCGCGUCUGCAAUGCGUCGUUCUCCGAAAGACGACCGAAGAUGGGAAAGAAAAGAAAAAACCGACGACGAUACUCGUUCUCAACGAAGUAGUCGUCGACCGAGGACCUUCGCCGUAUCUCUCGAACAUCGAUCUCUUCUUAGACGGCAAACACAUAACCUCUGUGCAGGGCGACGGGCUGAUAGUGUCGACGCCGACGGGCAGCACGGCGUACGCGGUGGCGGCGGGCGCCAGCAUGAUCCACCCGUCCGUGCCCGCCAUCAUGGUCACGCCCAUCUGCCCGCACUCGCUGUCCUUCCGCCCCAUCGUCGUGCCCGCCGGCGUCGAGCUCAAGAUAAAGCUAAGUCUAGAAGCUCGUAACUUGGCCAGCAUAUCGUUCGACGGACGAUCUCAGUUGAUACUCAGGCCAGGAGAUAGUCUGUAUGUAACGACCUCAGUGUACCCGGUGCCAUCAAUAUGCGCGCAGGAUCAAAUAUCAGACUGGUUCGAUUCGCUCGCCGAGUGCUUGCAUUGGAACGUUCGCAAGAAGCAGAAACAAAUAGACGAACUCAGCGACAUGACGCACUCGUCCAGCGAUACCUUGGAGGAGAUAGACGCCAACCACCACGACGACCGGCCGGCUGACACGUGACAGAUUAAAAAUUAAACAGAGACGGGCUAAUUUUUUUAUUCUAUUUUAACAUAAUAUACAAAAUGAAUUAUGUUAUUCUGACUGUCUUAAUUCUCAAAUUAGUAAAAUAAAUUAUUUAAUUUUUUUAAUACAAAUCAUAUUUGUAUAAUAUAAAUUUAUAAAAAGAACCAUAGAACAGACUCCAAUAUUACAGAAUUUGUAUUAUUGCAUUUCACACAACAUAUUUAAAUAAGAAGUAUAAAAUUAAAUCAUAUUUAUUUAUUGUUAUAAUUACAUUAUAUUAUUUUGGAGAUUUGACAGUUGUACUGAGAUGGCGUGGUGAAUAUUCAAUAAUCCGAAAAAGUGUUCUAUGGCUGGUUUUAUCUGAUAGAUAAAUUUAUAAAAAAACGUAUUAUACAUUGGGUCCAAUCAUUUUCAAGUAGCUCUUUAUUUUACAGACACUUUAUAAUUGGUAGAUUAUUUCAAAUAUAAAAUAAUAUUGCUAGCCCAAAAUUAAUGUGUUUCGAAAAAUUAAUCUCUGUUUGUAAUUAAACUAUUGUUCUUUUAAAAGUAAUUUUAUUCUAAAAAAUAUUUGUAAAGAUAAAUUAAAUGUAUAAAGUUUUUAGUGUGCACAUUUUCGUGCAAUUUGUGAUAGUUAUGAAAUAUAAUUAAUAAUAAAACUACAUGAAUACGACGACUUUUACACAUUCCCUUGGACAAUAAAAAUUAUAUUGCGUUAUGUCUUUCUUGGGUAUGUUUUGAUAAUGUUACUAGGUAUGUUUAUAAUUAAAAAAUAUGUAUAUUGAUUUCAACGAAAUUAUUGUACAUAACAUUGUUUAAAUGUACAAAGCAAACAGAUAUUAUAGUUACCUGUAUAGUCCACCUUGAAUUUGUUGCUUAUUUUUGUAUUAAGCUCAAAUAAAUAUGAUAACUAAUACAUACUAAGUUAAGGUGCUACAUGAAACGAAAUAGUGCCAAUAUAAAUUUUAACAGUGAAUUAUAGCUUAAAUGCACAAAAUUUUUAUUGAAUAUGUAUGUAAUUUAAGUAUUAGCGUAUUUGUUUGAUACACAAUGGUGAAAUGGAUAUUGUAAGUUCUUAUCGAAGAAUAUUUUAUUAAACAGUAUAUUUAUUAUACGGGGAUAUUGUAAAAAUGUUUUAUGAACAACUUUUUUGGGAUUUUAAAUAUAAGCUUUAUAUGGAAAAAAUAUAAAGGUACAUUUACAUAAAAUAAAAUAAAUAUCUCAUAACAUACAUUUUAAUAUCAAUAAAUUAUAUUGAAAGUUAAAAUAGUGGUGCUGAUUCAGUAGUACAAAAUCUCAUAGUAAAUCUUAUUUGGAAGGACUUGCUAUCUUUGUCAAAACUAAAACUGUAAUGGAAAUAACUUAGUUAAUAUGUAAAUCGGCCCCAUUAUUUUUUUUUGGAUAUAUUAUAAGAUUAGUGAAUCUAUUCUUAUCUAUUUCAUUUGUGAAUUCAUUUUUGAAAUUUUAUAAUGUGGAAGAGUAAUAAUGUCUUAAUGUUAAAAUAUUAUAAAUUAUACAGAUUUGACCUA